CCGGGCAGCAGGGAGCGUUUCGCCGGCCGGAGCGUCGGGAUGCUGUGACGCCGAUGGGGGAGCGCGGAGCGGGCCGGGCCGCCGCGCCGGGCGCCGCGGGGCUGUGAGCCGCGCCGGGAAGGGCCCGCGGGCGCCGCGGCUCGGGGCUGGGGAUGAGGAGGCUUUCUGCUCUGGAUUUGGUUCUUUGCAAAAUGAAUACUGCAUUGUUUCCCAAAGGUUGGACCCUCCAGUAGAAUUUGUCAAGAUCAUUGUACAUAAAUCAACAGUUUCUUUUUCUUGAAGACUUCUGUGCAGUUUUAAAGGUCUUAAUCACAAUGAAUUCAGGCUUAUGGAGUCAAGAAAAAGCAAGUUCAUCCUAUUGGGAAGAGCGGAUCUUUUACUUGCUUCUCCAAGAAUGCAGUGUCAUAGACAAGCAGACUCAAAAGCUCUUGAAAGUGCCCAAAGGUAGCAUUGGGCAAUUUUUUCAAGACCGUUCUUCUGUGGGACACUCCAGAAAUAUUCCUUGUAAAGGCAAAAAACUGCAGAUUGGAUUAAAAAUUCUGGAACAACCUCAUGCAGUCCUGUUUGUGGAUGAGAAGGAUGUUAUAGAAAUAAAUGAAAAACUAGCUGAGUUGCUUUUGGCUAUUACUAACUGUGAGGAAAGAUACAGUCUGUUCAAAAGCAAAAGCAGGUUAACUAAAGGCAUCCAAAUAGAUAUUGGCUCACCUGUUAGAGUGCAGUUGAGAUCAGGAGAUGAUAAAUUUCCUGGUGUUGUUCGCUUCAGAGGACCCUUAAUGCAAGAAAGGUCCCUAACAGGGAUAUACUUUGGAGUAGAGUUGCUGGAAGAAGGUCGCGGUCAGGGCUUUACUGAUGGACAGUACCAAGGCAAGCAGCUUUUCAGAUGUGAUGAGGAUUGUGGGGUUUUUGUUGCUCUGGACAAACUGGAGCUGGUGGAAGAUGAUGACAAUGAACUGGAAAGUGACUAUGCAGCUCCAGUUGAUGCAAUGCAGGUAGAACUUCCUCCUCUGGAGAUCAACUCCAGGGUUUCUCUGAAGAUAGGAGAGAGUAUAGAGUAUGGGACAGUUAUAUUCUGUGAUGUCUUACCAGGAAACGAAAGUUUAGGAUACGUUGUUGGAGUGGACAUGGAUAAUCCUAUUGGAAAUUGGGAUGGAAGAUAUAAUGGAAUACAGCUGUGCAGUUUUGCAAGUGUUGAAAGUACACUUCUCUUGCACAUCAACGAUGUUAUUCCAGAGACUGUGUCACAGGACAGGAGACCUCCCAAACUUGCCUAUACCUCAAGAGGUGGCAGUGACAAAAGCUUGUUCAAUCAUAGUAAGCCAAAGGCUACAGGAUCUACCUCUGAACCUGGAAAUAGAAACAGAUCUGAAGUCUUCUACACGUUAAAUGGCUCAUCAGUUGACUCUCAGCCUCAAAUGAAAACAAAACCCCCAUGGUAUAUUGAUGAAGUUGCUGAAGACCCUGCAAAAUCACUUACUGAUUCAUCUCCUGGAUUUGGGCAUUCUUCACCACCGCUGCAGCAACCUUUAACAAACUCUGUGUCUACAGAAAACAGAUUUCACUCCCUCCCCUUUAGCUUGACAAAAGCGUCGAGUACUAAUGGUACUAUUGGACAUAGUCCUCUUUCUUUAUCUGUUCAGUCAGUCAUUGGCGAUGUAAAUACUACGGCUAACCAGGAGAGUCCAUCAACAGCAGGCCCAGUUGGGAACUCACAUGGUCUUGAGGCAGGUUCCUUGGCUGAAGUUAAAGAAAAUCCUCCUUUCUAUGGAGUAAUCCGCUGGAUUGGCCAGCCCCCUGGAGUAAAUGAAGUACUAGCUGGACUGGAACUGGAAGAUGAAUGUGCAGGUUGUACGGAUGGAACAUUUAAAGGAACUCGAUACUUCACUUGUGCUCCAAAGAAAGCUCUUUUUGUUAAACUCAAAAGCUGCAGGCCAGAUUCCAGGUUUGCCUCACUACAGCCCGUUUCCAACCAGAUUGAACGCUGCAACUCUCUAGCCUUUGGAGGUUACUUAAGUGAAGUUGUAGAAGAAAACACUCCUCCAAAAAUGGAAAAAGAAGGUUUAGAGACAAUGAUUGGAAAGAAGAAAGGUAUCCAGGGUCAUUACAACUCCUGUUACUUAGACUCCACCUUAUUCUGCCUGUUUUCUUUUAGUUCUGUUUUGGAUACUGUGUUACUCAGACCUAAAGAAAAGAAUGACGUAGAGUAUUAUAGUGAGACUCAAGAGCUGUUGCGGACAGAGAUUGUGAAUCCUCUGAGAAUAUAUGGAUAUGUAUGUGCUACAAAAAUAAUGAAACUGAGGAAAAUACUUGAAAAAGUUGAGGCUGCAUCAGGAUUCACUUCAGAGGAAAAAGAUCCAGAAGAAUUUUUGAAUAUUUUAUUUCACCAUAUUCUAAGAGUUGAGCCACUGCUGAAAAUAAGAUCAGCAGGUCAGAAAGUACAAGACUGUUACUUCUAUCAAAUUUUUAUGGACAAAAAUGAGAAAGUUGGAGUCCCAACAAUUCAGCAGUUACUGGAGUGGUCAUUCAUCAACAGCAACUUGAAGUUCGCAGAGGCACCUUCUUGCCUGAUUAUCCAGAUGCCUCGGUUUGGAAAAGACUUCAAAAUGUUCAACAAAAUUUUUCCAUCCUUGGAAUUAAAUAUAACAGACUUACUUGAAGAUACUCCCAGGCAGUGCCGUAUAUGCGGAGGGCUUGCUAUGUAUGAGUGCAGAGAAUGUUACGAAGAUACUGAUAUUUCUGCUGGGAAAAUCAAACAGUUCUGUAAAACAUGCAAUACACAAGUUCAUCUUCAUCCCAAGAGACAGAGUCAUAAAUUCAAUCCAUUGUCACUACCUAAAGAUCUGCCAGACUGGGACUGGCGACAUGGCUGCAUCCCAUACCAGAAGAUGGAGUUGUUUGCUGUUCUCUGCAUAGAAACAAGCCACUAUGUAGCUUUUGUUAAAUAUGGGAGGGAUGACUCGGCCUGGCUUUUCUUUGACAGCAUGGCAGAUCGGGAUGGAGGUCAGAACGGCUUUAACAUUCCACAAGUUACCCCAUGUCCAGAAGUUGGUGAAUAUCUAAAGAUGUCUCUCGAAGAAUUACACUCACUGGAUUCCAGAAAAAUUCAAGGUUGUGCACGAAGACUACUCUGUGAUGCUUACAUGUGCAUGUAUCAAAGUCCAACGAUGAGUUUAUACAAGUGAACGAUGUCCUCUGGAAAACUGAAGAAACAGCAUAGAGUCAUCGACUGUUGUAUUUGCUGCGUUUUUUGGUUAGUUUCAAUGCAACCGUUGCUGGCAAUGGAAAAAGUUGACUAUGAGAGCAAAAGGAUUACUGUUCCAAAAACUACAUGUGGAGUUCUGUAACUGAAGUAUUUAAGCAUUUUGCACUCUAGGAAGUGUGCUUGUGUGUGUUUGUUUUAUAAACAAAGUCUAAGCGAUGUUACUAAAACUUAAAGCUUUAAGUGCAUUGAUUAUACACAGGCUUUUUUGAAAUGUUGAAGGUGGAAUUACAUCAGGAGAAACCUCCUUAGCCCAUGGAGAUACGGAUACACAAGCGUUCCUGCUCAGUGCAUUCAUGUGGACCAAGGAUAAUUCUCUUGUGUUUCUCUGCCCUCCACCCCCACCACUUCUCCCCCACUCUUGAUAUUAGCAACAGAGGUACUCUCUAUUCAAGAGAGAGUAACUUCAGUUUCAGUAAGAUAAAUUUUAGACUGUUCAUUGCCUAUUGAUUCUGUUCUGUCUACUACAUUCUUUUCCAUUCACACAUUUACAUCUUCAAAAAUUAACGUUCAUUUCAAGAUCUGAAUUCCUGUCUUGUGAAUUAUCAAGCACAGAGAUUUGCUAUCUGUUAACUUGCAAUUUUUGGAGAGGAAAAAGAGGAGGAGAAGAGACUAUUAAGGGGAAGUAUAAUUGCUGAAAUAUAAAAUUAGCAAUGAAUGUUAACAGAUGUCUUUUUCUCAGUGUCUAUUUUUAAAGAAACAAAGCAGUCUGGAACAGAACAGCAACUAUAUACAAAUGGUUCGAGGACAAAACAAUAAAAUAGCGGAUUGCCUCAGGGAAUGUUACUGAAGUGGAUUCUGGUUCUUGGUAAACAAAACUGACUUUUCUACAGUACAUUAAGCUACUACCUGGGCAUAUGUUAUGCAUCUGACUUUUUUUUAUUUAUUUCAGGAUUACUAAUCAAUAUUAAAAAUCUCUGCCUGGAACGAUGAAACUAUAAAUAAGAGUAGCUCAGAGUUUUACUGUAUACCAAGUACCUAAUGAAAACUAACUUGAAAAGCUGCAAAACCUGUGUUGAUGUAAAAUAUUAUACUUGGAAGCCUGUUGGUUCCUGUUUGCUAUGAAAUACUGUUGUUCUAGUUGCUUUUUAGCUAUUUCUGUCUACACUGACUAGCAAACAUGCAACUAUAUAUAUACAGUAAAAUCUGUUUGUACAAAUUGCAUAUAUAUGAGCUGUACAUUUUCAACUCUAAGAUGUUUUAUAGGGGAAACUUCCCUUUUGGGAUCAAGUUAUAGAAGGAGUAGUCACAAAAUAUAACAGAGGAAAAGCCACUUUGAAAAAGUCACCGUUCUAAAGACAAUGCAGCCUGAUCCCCUAUUGUAGAAAAUGUAGUUAGUUUGUUCUUGGAAAACCUAAAAUCUUUCUGUGGGACACACUCGACCACAGAACAGUACUAGAGAGCUUGAAGGACUGAUCUGUCUAGUGGCUAAAGCAAGGGCUGCGGCGGGAGUUGACUGUUCCGUUAGCCACUGCAUGAAGCGUGCUCUAGCGUCUCGCUCUCAAGAGCAAGGAAGUUACUAGAAGUGACACUGUUGCUUCUGCCUCUGUUAGUCUCCUGCCUUCCAUGUUCCCUUGCCCUAUUUAUCUAGUCUGUGCGCCUUGGCAAAACUCUUGAAAUGCUCUUGGAAAAAAACCCCUUUGUUUCUUUGGUGUCAGUACCACUCUGAGCUCUUGAACACUUUCUCUCCUGAAAAAUUUCAGCAAGGCUUGAGGUGAUGAAUUCUAUAACCCAUCUCUCACCAGGUUGGUUCUUGUCCAUUGGCUCUUCCAUGGCUACAUACUGUCCUGCUCUGAGACAACAGCUGCUUAGAUACGUCGACAAAGAUGCCACAGAAGCUUCUCAUAGGCAAUGUAAGGUGAAAAGACCAGUUAUAGGUCUUGGAUAGGCAGCUUGUAUUUAUUAAAAUGAGAAAACGCUUAACAUGAUCUGAGGAGAAGGUACGGUAACCUACCCUUGGCUGCAUAUUGAAGAGGAAGUCUGGUUGCAGCCUCCAGGUACCUCAAGUGAUAUUUUUAGAGAGCAGUUUGCAAAGCAGAGGCAAGAGGGGGCAUGCCAAAAAAAAAACCCAAACCAAAAAAACCCCCGCAAUAAUACUGCAAUGGACUCUUACCUUGUUCUCUACCAAGUCCGACACCUUCAUUCGCCAAGCCGAGUCUGAUCCCUCCAUUCGCCUAGCCCCACCGUCACUGGCAACCGGGAAGUCGUUGCAGGCGGGCCCCCUUCUGAACAAGGAGCAAACAAAAGGCUUUACAAAAUGAACAAGCACAAACCUGUGUACCAAUGAGACCGAUCUGAAUGUCUGGAUUCUUUUUUUUCUCUAUCCUAGAUUUACUUUCUGGUUUUCCCGGUGCAUUAACUUUCAUAUGUCUUCCACUUGUCAUUUCUGCCCCCCCCCAUAUAUUACAUACUACGUAAAGGUAGAGUUACCUUACCUCUUCCUGACGGAACUCUUGAGAACAGCCUUGGAACUGCUACAAGCCAGAGGGGAGACUUGGACUUGGCAACUGUAUCAAAGUUUUCUAGGUGAAUAAUCUUGUAGCAAAAUGUUCACUCUUUUUUUACAACUGCAAAUAUCCAAGAACCCCAUUUUUUCAGGAUGCAUAUUCUGUUAGCAGAAGCGAAUUAAAAUAGAUGGAUGUAAAUUAACUGCUUGGCUUCUUGCCUCCAGUCUUCUGGCCUUCGACUGGAAAUGGAAAACAAGUUAUGGGAAUGCUUACUGUGCUGCACGUAGCGAAUGUACAGAAAAGAGAAAAAAAGGGAAUUUCAAUGCAUUAUUGUGCACGCUUCUUGGUGACAAAUACUGUGUUUUGAAAUGCCGGCAGUACCUUACAGCCUGCGUUUUGUACUACUUUAUAUUAUUACAAAACAGUAAGUAGUUUUGCAAACAGUAUAUGAAUACUUGAUUUGUUGCUUAUCAGUUAAGACAGCAGAGAUGUCUUCUAUGCUUUAUGGUGUACUGCAUUGGAUUGGAGAUGAUCCGGCAAUGUAAAUGAAAUGUUAUGGAAACUAACCCAAAUUUUUAUUUCCUUUCUCAGAAAGGCGUAUACAGACAGAAAAGCGAUUUCACUGUGAAAGGAAACUUGUAAAAUAACUUAUAUACAAGGGUAAGAAACUGUUUUUAGCCUUUGGCAUCUGUUUUGGGGAAUUGAAUAAGCUAUUUUGAAGAAACAGCCUGUGUUUUAAAGGAUCUAGUGCUGUUAAAUAACGUCCAAAGAUUCCAGUGACUAAGCACCCAAUUUUUAUGUGUUUAAUGCAUUUGAGAACCUCCGCAUCAGAUCCUAUUUUUUUUUUUUUAUAUGGUGAAUAUGCCCAUAAAUUAAUAGCACUUAGAUCAUUGCUUUAUGGUUUGGCUCAUAAGUAUUGCUAACAAUGGCCUUAACCUGUAAGUAGGAACACGCAUAGAAAAUACAGUUCUUGACAGCCUGUAAAAAUGUAAAGUUUCAUAAUACAUAAAGUUUCAUAAUCGGGGAGAAAAACUGCACCCCUACUAAUUUUCAGAAAUAGAGGUUCAAAUCAAUAGAAAACAAAUCACUGUGUCCCUAAAUGCUUAUUUUUAACAUAGAGGGUAAAGAGAAAAGCUAUUAAAGGUGAUGCCUUACACAUUACUAAAACAAACCCAAACAAAUCGCCCCCAAACUCACAGAAAGCUAUGUCAGAAUGCUUGUGUUCUGGUGUGGGAGGUAAUUGGAGGGGAAAAAAAAACCAACCCACAAAAGUAUGUUAAGUAAAAGUCUUUCUAAUAUCUGUGAUACUGAUUCUGUGCUUUUGGAAACGUAGUACUGUGUUGUACUAAACAGCCUGUCAGAUUUCCAUUUUAGUCAAGUACUAUGUGUAACAGGAAUUAGUCAUAAUCAUAAAUGGCUCAUUUCAAUGCACUUACUUUUCUCGUGCACUUUAUACUCCACUGCAUAGAUUAACUCGGUCACCGCAGUCCCUAGCGAUAGCCUGUUUAAUACAAUACUGAGGCACAACAUGCUGCAAACUGGAAUUUUAUGGUUUCAGAACUGAGUUGGUGUAAAAAGCAGCUUGAAAGCUUUGUGUAUUUUUACCACUGUAAUGAGGCAUGUUUUUCUCUGUUGUUGAUGUUUUGCUAAAUAAACAUCCCAUGUUUUCUGCACAGAUAGUCUCUUAAACUUACAAAGGCUGUCUCCAAGAAUGCAUUAGAGACAAACCAUUGUAUCAGGUUGCCCUCAACUAGCCUUAACUUUAUUUUUCCCCCAAUGGUAGAGCGGAAUUAGCUGCUGCUGGAGAGGAAUGUACCAUGUGCUCUUUCUGUAUCGAUUAAAAAUAUUAUUCUUA